ACCACUUCGAUCCCGAAAUCUGGUUCUGUCUCCUCCAUUAAACAUCUCGUCAGAUAAACUCCGAUCUCUCUUCUCUCUCUCUCUCUCUCUCUCUCUCUCUUCCCGUCGAUUCUCGUUCUAAAGAUGAAAACUUUCUACGUAUUAUUCGUUUCGCUGCUUCUCACCCUGUCUUUUUUUGGCUCUUGAUUAGAGAUCACAUUCAAAAUUCAUGUUUGACUACUACUUAAUUUUGCGCUUCCCAUGUCGAUCUCUGAAGUAUCUGCAGCAGUGUCUGCCUUGUUGGGUUUUGCACCUUCAGCAACUUUGACAGCUGAUGGCUCAUCCAAGCUGAACAGGAUUCUAAAGCCUAAUCCAUUUGAGAGGCCUCGUGCUGCUUUUGUGUUAGAAAUCGCUGGAGCUGAUGAAACUUAUUCUGCUCAUUCUUUCUUGGGAAAUGCCAUCAGGGGCAGUAUCAGUUCUGAUUCUUACAAAGCAGAUAUUGAACUUCCAGAAAGUGAAGUGGCUGUUGGGUCUCUAAAUGAACCCUCAUCUGAUGCGACUGACAAAGACAUGAAAUGAGUUUGCAUCUUGGUUGGGUGGAUCAUAUGUUUCUGGCUCUGCUGAACCAAUGACUGGAUUGUUGAGUAUCCAGAGAUCCAUGUGCGAGACCGCUCGUCUUUUUUAUGGACAGUGUAGGAUCAGAUGGAGGUGAAGGAACAUGGAGUAGCUAUAACCUUCAUAGUGUCGGAAACUGCCACAGAGCAGAAGCUGUUAAGCGUCUACAACACAUCCAAGUUCUGUCUCGGAAGCUGGAACGUAAUGUUGAACAGAUGAAUCCGCCACGUCGCCAAUGCUGUGACAUCUCAUCUCCUUACAACAAAUCAAUGGUCAUUAAUAUAAGGCAAUGCAUGACGGAGGAGCUAAUUGUAUUUUCUUCUUGGCUCAUUGUAUUCAAGAAUCAGCCAAACAAAGCCCGAGCCAGUCUUACUACUUCUGCUGUAAACCAAUGGUGGAAUCCGAGUGUUGUCUUGAAAGAUCUUCUGCCAGCCAUAUUUCCUCUUUUCCUUGGCAGAUGUGAGCUCAUCCAGUUUCUGCUUCAACCGACCGGAGAUCAAAGUAUCAAUGGCACUCCUCAGAGCACCCAUCAGCAUAUCUGUCUCGAACAUCUCAUCCUCGCAAGUCGCCAUUGCUACUUGGUAUUUGGAUAGUCUAUGAUACCCCGAAGCAUUAUCAAACCUCUUGAGGCGGCACGUGUUGUUCAGCACCGUGUCUUUGACCGGAGACCGUGCUUCCUCGGGUAUAAGCACAUAGCUUGGUGACACAUCUUGUUCCAUCCUCUUAGACGUUCUCGUUUUCUUCACAGACCUCUCAUCACUUGUGUCCGGUUCCAAGAUCCUUCUCUUCUUUCCGUUUAAACUGAACACUUUGGUAACGCCUUCUUUAACCCUAACCUGAAGAUCGGCUCCGAUUUUCGGGUGACCAUACUUUUUCGAGACUACUCUAACCCUAAUCGGAAGACUAUUCGGCUCGGGUUGAGGAUCGUAAAUCUUACGAGGAUGGUUUUGUCGGAUUUCAACUUCUUGUUGGGUCUUUCCAUCUUCUUGGUGUUUUUGCGCGAACAGAAGUUGAAUAGAUUUGCCGAAAUCGCCGUGACUGAUUCGGUGCUUGUCGAAGUCUUGAAUCAAGGAAAUCAACUUUCCCAUCUCCGACGGACUCAGUUUCUCGGCCAUGAUCUUGCCGACGGCGAUGAUCUUGCACAGCUCUUCGUUGUCGUUCGUCAUCGCUUUCUCAAUCGCCUUUCUAAGCUCUAACCUUUCUCUCAAUUUUCUUUUUGUUUUGUUUGUGAUUCCUUGGGAAUUACGUAGAAAAUCUUGCGACACUCCUACUCUGUAUAUAUAGUAUAGAUCUAAGCAAAAAAGGAAACUUUUAUGUCACUCUGUUCUUUCCUUUUUUUCUUUAGCGCGUGUAUCUUAAAAUUUAAUUAACUAAUUCUAAUUGAAAA